AUGCGUCCCUCACUCGCGGUCCUUCCCAGGACCCGUAACCAUCCCCACACAGCCCACCCCCAAAAUGCACACGGAUUGUCUGCACACGUGGGGCGGGAGCACCUGUCGGCACCACGGAGGCGCAGCCCACACCUGCGACACACGCUCAGCCCAGAGAACCUGCGGAGCCUGGCGGAGCGAGGCGGUGCCGCCAGGGACACGGCUUCUGUGGUGAGCAGCCCCAUGGGUCUCCCGAGGGCCAACAGCGACACAGACCUGGUGACAUCGCAGAGCCGCUCGUCGCUGACUGCGUCCACACUGGAGUUCACGCUGGGGAGGGGCCAGAACCUGGUCAUCUCCUGGGACAUCAAGGAGGAGGUGGACGCCACCGACUGGAUCGGCCUGUAUCACAUCGAUGAAAUCAGCCCAUCCAAUGUGUGGGACUGUAAGAACCGUGGGGUGAAUGGGACCCAGAGAGGACAGAUCGUCUGGAGGCUGGAGCCUGGACCUUACUUCAUGGACGCUGAGACCAAGAUCUGCUUCAAGUACUACCACGGCGUCAGUGGAGCCCUGAGAGCAACCACCCCCUGCAUCACUGUGAAGAACCCCGGAGUCCUGGUGUGUCUGUCUGGAGAAGGUCAAAGUGAGGGGCAGUCAUCCACAGAUCAUCCUCGCAAACUAGUCAGCUUUACUUUGACAGAUAUGCAUGCGGUGGGGCUGAAGAAGGGUAUGUUCUUCAACCCGGAUCCCUACCUGAAGAUGUCCAUCCACCCUGGGAAGAGGAGCGGCUUCCCCACCUUCAGCCACCACGGACAGGAGAGACGCUCCGCCAUCAUCGCCAACACCACCAACCCUAAGUGGCGAGGAGAGAAAUACACUUUUGUAGCACUGAUGACAGACAUUCUGAACAUCGAGGUGAAGGAUAAGUUUUCUAAAAGCCGACCAAUCAUCAAGCGCUUCCUGGGUCAGCUGACCAUCCCAGUGCAGAGGCUGAUUGAGAAAAUACCUGGUCUCCAGCCUCUGAGCUUCUCUCUGUGUCGACGGUUGCCCACUGAGCAUGUGAGUGGCCAGAUGCAGUUCAGGGUGGAGCUCACAUCCACUGGACCUGACGGGGCCUCUCCAGACUCUAUCAUCGGUGUGCCCAAUAACGGGGCCCCUGGGACUCCGUCAGAUGACGAGGAUCUUCCCCACCUACUCCCGGGGGUGGUCACUGGAGGCCCCUCCCCUACUGGAUCCCUGGGCUCACAGAGGUCCUGGGAAGGCGGGGCCACAGCCUAUCCAGUCCCAGACUACAGGGACUUUAGCGGUACAGAGGGCAGAACCACAGAGGGUGAAUCCUACUCUGGCCCUCUACGGUUGCAGAGGUCCCUGAGCGAAGGCCUGGACGCCAUCGAGGCCCCCAAGGGCCCCGGAGAGAGGCCCUUGGGCGCCGCCUCACCGAAGCUGCGCUCUAGCUUUCCCACUCACACACGUCUCAGUGCCAUGCUGCACAUUGACUCAGACGAAGAUGAGGAGCGCUCGGGGCCCACUGAAAUUUACCCGGUACCCGGGUCCCCCCUGCUGCUCAACGGGGGUCCCGAGGGGCCUGAAGAAGAAGACGUUGUCCCAGAGCUACAGCAGGAUCCUGACCCUGAGCAGCUGGAACCCAGGGUGGCGGGAGAUGAACAGCUGGUGGUAACGGGGGAAGAUUGUGCCCCUGGUGGUGAAUCCAAUGUGGCCCCUGAGUUAGACCUGGGCCUCGACUUCGAGGACUCCUCAGAGCCUGAUGUUUUCUCGGAGGUGGAGGAAGUUCCUUUCUUCUCAGAGGCGCUGUCCCAGAGUCUUUUGGCUGUGGGCCUGGAGGGGCCAGAGGAGGGCCAGGGGCCCGCUGACAACGCCUCGUCGCCGAUUGACACCUGCUCCAUGGCAAUUGCCCCACUGACAGUCUUCUCUUCCUCAGAGAGUUGCCCAAUCACAAUGUCCACGGCUGAGGAGGCAGAGGAGAGGGCAGUAGCUGCCAUUGACCCAGGGGGAGACUCCUUCACUGACACUCCACCCACCCACCAGCAUGUAGACGACGAGGGGGGCGGGCAUACAUCAGCCAAUGAGGUUGAAGGAGACACUCCGUCUGCCAAUGAGCUGGAGCCAGGGGAGGAGAUUAGUGAGCGGAUGUGGAGCUUUCAAGUAUCUGGGGAUGUUCCCCAGGAUGAGGAGGGGGAGGAGCCAAGACCCGCAGGGGCGGCGGUAUCUGUUGAUUCAGAUGCAGUUGCCAUGGAGACAGAUGGAGAGGACGGUGCUCAAGUGAAUGGUCACCCCGUGCACUGCCUCCCCUCAGUGCGUCAUGACAUUCACCGAUACCAACGAGUGGACGAACCGUUACCUCCUAACUGGGAGGCGAGGAUCGAUAGUCACGGUCGUAUUUUCUUUGUCGAUCACGUGAACCGGACCACCACGUGGCAGCGCCCCACCGGACCCCCCGCUCCCCAGGGCCUGACCCGCUCCAGCUCCAUCCAACAGAUGGAGCAGCUCAACCGCAGAUAUCAGAGCAUCAGGAGGACGAUGACCAGUGAGAGGUCUGAGGAGAACACAGUUGACCUCCCGCCAGAGCCCACAGAGAGUGACUUUCUUCCCCAGACUAUCCCUGAGUACAGGAGAGAGAGCGCAGUGGGUCACACCAGCUCUCGGUCGCGUCUCUCUCUGCUACUCCAGUCUCCAAGUGCAAAGUUCCUGUGCAGCCCAGACUUCUUCACCGUGCUGCAUUCUAACCCUAGUGCCUACAGCAUGUUUACGAGCAACACCUGCCUGAAGCACAUGAUCAGUAAGGUGCGUCGGGAUGCCCACCACUAUGAGCGUUACCAGCACAACCGGGACCUGGUGGCCUUCCUCAACAUGUUCACCAACAACCAGCUGGAGCUACCCAGGGGUUGGGAGAUGAAGCAUGACCAGACCGGCAAGCCCUUCUUUGUGGAUCACAACUGUCGCUCCACAACCUUCAUCGACCCGCGGCUCCCCCUCCAGAGUGCACACUCAACUAGCCUGCUGGCCCACCGACAGCACCUUAGCCGCCAACGCAGCCACAGCGCAGGCGAGGUGGUCGAUGACACGCGACACUCCAGCCCACCUGUCAUGCCCUGCCCCUCCAGCACCUUCAGUGGGUCCACUCGCAAUCAGGACCUGGUGCCUGUGGCCUACAACGAUAAGAUUGUGGCGUUUCUACGGCAACCCAACAUCAUUGAGAUCCUGCAGGAGAGGCAGCCAGAGCUCGUCCGUAACCACUCACUCAAGGAAAGGUUACAGUUCAUUCGCAGCGAGGGUGUUUCCGGGCUUGCUCGUCUCUCUAGCGAUGCUGAUCUAGUCAUAUUGCUCAGCCUGUUUGAAGAGGAGGUUAUGUCCUAUGUGCCACCUCAUGCCUUACUGCACCCCAGCUACUGCUCCUCCCCUCAGAGCUCCCCCGGUGAGAACACACAUGCAAAGCCGCGUACUCAGCGAGCUAAUGCACGCGCCCCUGCCCCUUACAAACGUGACUUUGAGGCCAAACUGAGAAACUUCUAUCGCAAGCUGGAGACGAAAGGCUAUGGCCAGGGACCUGGGAAAGUCAAAUUGAUCAUUCGUAGAGAUCACCUAUUGGAGGAUGCCUUCAAUCAGAUAAUGUGCUACUCCCGCAAAGACCUGCAGAGGAGUAAGCUCUACGUCAGCUUUGUGGGCGAGGAAGGGCUGGACUACAGCGGCCCCUCGAGGGAGUUCUUCUUCCUGGUGUCGAGGGAGCUGUUUAACCCUUACUACGGCCUGUUUGAGUACUCCGCCAACGACACCUACACUGUGCAGAUCAGCCCCAUGUCUGCCUUCGUGGACAACCAUCACGAGUGGUUUCGUUUCAGUGGGCGUAUCCUGGGCCUGGCUCUGAUCCACCAGUAUCUGCUGGAUGCCUUCUUUACCCGCCCCUUCUACAAGGGCCUGCUGCGCAUCCCGUGUGACCUGAGUGACCUGGAGUUCCUGGAUGAGGAGUUUCACCAGAGUUUACAGUGGAUGAAGGACAAUGACAUCGAGGACAUGCUGGACCUCACCUUUACCGUCAACGAGGAGGUCUUUGGACAGAUCACAGAGAGAGAGCUGAAGCCAGGCGGGGCAGGUAUUCCAGUGUCAGAGAAGAAUAAGAAGGAGUACAUCGAGCGCAUGGUUAAGUGGCGCAUCGAAAGGGGUGUGGCUCAGCAGACGGAGAGCCUGGUGCGAGGCUUCUAUGAGGUGGUGGACGUGCGGCUGGUUUCUGUGUUUGAUGCCCGGGAGCUGGAGCUGGUGAUCGCUGGCACUGCAGAGAUCGACCUGGCAGACUGGAGGAACAACACAGAGUACAGAGGAGGGUACCAUGACAACCACAUAGUAAUCCGCUGGUUCUGGGCGGCAGUGGAGAGGUUCAACAAUGAGCAGAAAUUGAGACUGCUGCAGUUUGUGACAGGCACCUCCAGUAUUCCCUAUGAGGGCUUUGCCUCCCUCAGAGGUAGCAAUGGACCACGCAGGUUCUGUGUGGAGAAGUGGGGCAAAAUCACCUCCUUGCCCAGGGCCCACACAUGCUUUAACCGUCUGGACCUCCCGCCGUACCCGUCGUUCUCCAUGCUCUACGAGAAAAUGCUGACGGCCGUGGAGGAAACCAGCACCUUUGGCCUGGAGUAA